AUGGUCACAGGUGUUUGUCGGGUGCCUCAUAAGCCCUUUUUCUCGCUGGGAGUUGGCGCCUCUCGCAUUGUGCGACACAGAACCCGUCCCUUCGGCGUUGAGCGUUCCGCAUCGGACACUUCUACGGGCGUCUUAUCAUCUAUCAUGGAGAUGGAGGUGGACAUGGCAGAAUCCGCGCCCAAACGCCCGAGAUCUCCGACCGGCGACUACCCGCCAAUAGCCUCUAAGAUGCCCAAGACGUCAAAUCACCUCCAAAUCAACUAUCUCGCGCGUCAGUACGCUGAGAACCUCCCUUUGGUUUCCGCAGAUGACACGCUUCCCUCCAUCCUUCGACUUAUUGGCGAGUACGAUGGUGUCCUUCAGCGCCAUGAGAGUAUUGCUGGAAACCUCGGUGCCUGCCCCUUGGGCCCAAUCCUUGUUAAACGAUUUGAGCGACUAUUCGAUAACCCUCCCCGCGUGUUAAAGUCUAAUGGGAAAGAAGGCAUUCAAGUGACCUGGCUUGACGUUGUCGAGUUCGCGAAGAAUAAACCCGAGCAGUUCAAUCUGGAGAAAUCAAGGAAUGGUGUUCGCGUUUGCCAGAUCUAUAUUAAACAGAGUCGUGUCGAAAUCUCAGAAGAAGACUACGUUUUAAUCGCUUCUGGAAUGCCACAACGAAUGAUUCCCCCACAGCCUAUCAGUGAAGAUGAGGAAAAAGAGUUGGGUUCGUUGGAGAUCUUGGAAAAGAAUCUAUCUCAAAUCAUUCAGCUAGCAGACCAAGUAUCCGCCCGCGCGAGGCAGUUAAAUCACCGCCUUAAGAACCGCAAAAAUGCGAUCAUCACUCGACGUGAGAAUGACGCGGUUUUGGCAAACCAAGGUCAACGCGCCGUCAGCCCCUGGAAGGACUCCAACGGUACCGGAGUGACGACAAAUGGUCAUUCGCGUCCACAUUCGCCAACAUCAGGGUUUGUGGCGGUGAACUCUCGUACAGAAGCCCAAAACGACCGCGUUGUGUCAGGUAACCAUUUUACAUUUUCGCAGCCCAACACGGAUAACGUAACGAUCAUAAACGGCACUUCAAUCAAAGGCGCUUCGCCGAGCACAAGGGCAGAAUUAAUGAAAAAGUUCUUUUCAACCUCGGAACGCAGACUUCACCCCGAAGAGGAUGUAACAAGCGCCAAUUCUGGGCGCCAUCAUUCAAGAUCGUCACGGCCUCGUGCCUCUGACCCAGGCGAAUACAUGGGACCGUAUGCACCUGUUGCCAUUCCAAACACGCCAUCUUCACUUCUCCCCCAGGCAAAAUCCGCUAGCCACUAUGAACGAGACGACGGUGGGCCGUACAAAGGAGAAAUGGUUAGCCGAAUGGAGACUUUGCAACGAGGAGAACGCGUUCUGCCACCGUGCGAUCGAUGUCGUCGACUGCAUAUGGAUUGCCUCAAGAAUUUAACCGCGUGUAUGGGUUGCACCAAGAAGCAUGCCAAGUGUUCCUGGAAAGAAGUCAGACUAGAGGAGCUUCGGGAUACGUAUCCCCGCAAAAGCCAAGAAAGUACUCAUAAUUCUACGUCGGAUAGAAACGAGGCGGCUGAGCACACCGGCGCGUUUAAUCCGGUGAAUGGCGACGCACCGACCCCUACUACGAGGCCUGCAUCGGAACCGCAACAACCUACUCGGUCUUCGCCUCCCCAAAGAUCGCAGAGCGAGAAUAUGACCUCGACAGUUGGCGAACCUCGAAAGGAGCCUUGGCUCACUGUCGGUCACGGCGGUUCCAACACUGAUCGCGCUGAGGCCGAUGACCCUGACGCGCCUGAUCCACUGGCUCAAGCGAUCAUGGACACGGUGAGCCACCACCAAGCUCGCACGGCUGCAGCUGCCGAGCGCGAACGUAGGGAGGCCGAAGUGCAGCAAGCAAUGACGACUUGA